AAAUCAUCCUUCACAUUUGUCUCGCGUGCCUUGUGCAAGCCAUCUCUACUCUCGCCCUCCUCAUCCAGCUGCACAAUCAUCCCUUCCCCCCCCCUUUUUCCUUGAAUAUCUCCCUCAAUCCUCGCCCCUCAUGCCCGGCGUCGACAAAAAACCCAGGACCUUGUAUGACAAGGUCCUGGACCACCACAUUGUCAACGAGCAGGAAGAUGGCACCCUCCUGAUCUACAUCGACAGACACCUUGUUCACGAAGUGACAUCCCCACAGGCCUUCGAGGGUCUCGAGAACACCGGUCGUCAAGUCCGCCGGCCGGACUGCACUCUGGUGACCGUUGACCACAACAUCCCUACUUCCUCCCGAAAAAACUUCAAGAACGUCGAAGAGUUCAUCCAAGAGAACGACUCCCGGCUGCAAGUGACCACCCUCGAGGAAAAUGUGAAGAAAUUCGGCCUCACCUACUUCGGGAUGGGUGACAAGCGUCAAGGUAUCGUGCAUAUCAUCGGGCCCGAGCAGGGGUUCACUCUGCCCGGCACCACCGUCGUCUGCGGUGACAGUCACACCUCCACCCACGGCGCCUUCGGUGCGCUGGCCUUCGGUAUCGGCACCAGCGAGGUCGAACACGUCCUCGCCACACAGACCCUCAUCACCCGCCGGAGCAAGAACAUGCGCAUCCAGGUCGACGGCGAGCUCCCCGCGGGCGUUACCAGCAAGGACGUCGUCCUCCACAUCAUCGGCAUCAUCGGCACGGCCGGCGGUACCGGUGCGGUCAUCGAGUUCUGCGGUUCCGUCAUCCGCGGCCUGAGCAUGGAGGCCCGGAUGUCCAUGUGCAACAUGUCCAUUGAGGGCGGUGCUCGUGCUGGCAUGAUCGCCCCCGACGAGGUCACUUUCGAGUACCUCAAGGGCCGCCCCCUCGCCCCGAAGUACGACAGUGCCGAGUGGAAGAAGGCCGUCAGCUUCUGGAAGAGCCUGGCCUCCGACGAGGGUGCCCACUACGACAAAACCAUCGUCAUCGACGGCAAGGACAUCAUCCCCACCAUCUCGUGGGGUACCUCCCCGCAGGACGUCAUCCCCAUCACCGGCGUGGUGCCCAGCCCCGACGACUUCCAGGACGAUGCCCGCAAGCUGGCCUGCAAGCGCGCCCUCGAGUACAUGGGUCUGACCUCGGGCACCCCCAUGAAGGACAUCGACGUCGACAAGGUCUUCAUCGGCUCCUGCACCAACGCCCGCAUCGAGGAUCUCCGCGCCGCCGCCAAGGUCGUCCGCGGCAAGAAGAUCGCCACCAACAUCAAGCGCGCCAUGGUCGUCCCCGGCUCCGGUUUGGUCAAGCAGCAGGCCGAGUCGGAGGGGCUGGACAAGAUCUUCGUGGAUGCGGGCUUCGAGUGGCGUGAGGCCGGGUGCUCCAUGUGCCUGGGGAUGAACCCGGACAUUCUCUCCCCGCAGGAGCGCUGCGCCAGCACCUCCAACCGCAACUUCGAGGGCCGCCAGGGCGCCGGAGGCCGCACCCACCUGAUGUCGCCCGCCAUGGCCGCCGCCGCCGCCAUCGUGGGUAAGCUGGCCGACGUGCGCGAGCACCUGGUGUCCAGCCCCGUGCUGAGCAAGGCCCACACGGCCGUCAACGUCGAUGAGGAGCCCCAGCAACACCACGAGGACCCCAGCAGUGAGAGCGAAGCGGAGCGCAUCAACGACCAGCCCGCGGACAACGAGCCGCACACCAACACCAUUGCCGGAAGCAGCGGCUCCUCAGGCAGCGCCGGCCUCCCCAAGUUCACGACGCUCAAGGGCAUCGCGGCGCCGAUGGACCGGUCCAACGUGGACACGGACGCGAUCAUCCCCAAGCAGUUCCUCAAGACCAUCAAGCGCACGGGGCUGGGCAGCGCGCUCUUCUACGAGCUCCGCUACAAGGACGGGGCGGAGAUCCCCUCGUUCGUGCUGAACCAGGAACCCUACCGUAGCGCCAAGAUCCUGGUGGUGACGGGCCCCAAUUUCGGCUGCGGCAGCUCCCGCGAGCACGCCCCCUGGGCCCUCCUCGACUUCGGCAUCAAGUGCGUCAUCGCCCCCUCCUUCGCCGACAUCUUCUUCAACAACACCUUCAAGAACGGCAUGCUCCCCGUCGUCAUCUCCGAUGAGGCCGCGCUCGCCAAGAUCGCCGCCGAGGCCUCCGCCGGCCGCGAGGUCGAGGUCGACCUCGUCAACCAGCAGGUCAAGGACGCCCAGGGCACCGUCCUGGCCGCCUUCGACGUCGACGCCUUCCGCCGCCACUGCCUGAUCAACGGCCUCGACGACAUCGGCCUCACCCUGCAGAUGGAGGACAAGAUCAAGGCCUUCGAGGCCCACCGCUCCCUCGAGACCCCCUGGCUCGACGGCAGCGGCUACCUCAAGCGCGGCAAGCGCGCCGGCGGCGGUGCCACCAUGAUCCAGGCCGCCCCCGUCCCCAAGACGAAUCGUGGCGACGUCAAGGGGGAGCCUCUGGAGUGGUAGGCUGCGUUCCGUCGCCCCCAUCAUCUUUUCUUCUCUUUCGAACUUUCGGAUACACGUUUCUUGUUACGACAAUACCAUAAUGCAGCUUCUCUCUUUUUUCUCUUUUCCCUCUUCUCCUUUCGGGUCUUUUUUUUUCUGUUGUUGCCUCGCAAACAAAAAAACAGCUAUAUAUCACUUGGUGUGCUUCUUGGGCUUAUGUUGUUGAAUGCCCGGUCUGGUACAAAAAGGACACUGGGAGGGAAAGGAAAUAGACAGGAAAUAAUUAAUUUCACAUCUCAUUGAGACUACUUC